UAGUAAACGAAUCACGCACGAGUCGAGGCGAGGCGGCUUGAGCAGAGACUGGCUUUGUUGAAGCGCAAUUCAAUUGUUCUUAUCAAUAUUCCGAAAGGCAAAUCAAUUUGAUGUUCUAUGAAAUCACAUCAGGAAAUCGUCAAUAAUCGAACACAAAGAAAUUCGCAAUGGAACCAAGUGUUUACCUUUGUCUGUUCGCACUCGUAAUCCUAGUGGUCGAACCCAGUCAUAGUGCGAAUAUUCCUGAACUUUCACAACCACGUCCCACAAUAAGCAACGAUGUCAGGGAAUAUUUAAACAAAAUUACGCCGUCUGAAUGGAUGGACUUUGUGACCGCAGGGACCGAUGCGAUCAAUCGCCAGAAAAGGCUUGAGGAAAAUCUAGUAAACGCUCAGAUCACAGUCGACAAUGGCAGCUUAUCGCACACUCAAUUGUUGGACACACUGCCAAGUGAGAAGGCCCAGCUUGACAGCUAUAUUGCAAUGAAGAUCCUGAAGGCGAGUCUCUUCAUGUAUAACAGCAAGUGUGUCUCGCAACCGGGAAUCAGUGAUGAUGAUUGCCGCACAUUCUUAGAAACCAAGCCAAUCCCUCAAGGCAGUACUCUGAGGGCUGAGUGCGAAAGGAUAUUGCAUGGUCCACGCAGUGGUCACCAUGCCUUCAGGCGACUACUGCCGCCUCACUACAAGAAUGGCUUGCACGAGAUUUCAUUUCAGAUGUUUGAAGUGAAUAAACAGCCCGCCGCAUGGCCAAUUAGCAUGGCGUUGUAUGAUCAAGAUGACAGUGCAGUGAGGACAAGGACAAGUCAACCAGAUGAGAGUGGAAACUUAAAUUUAGUUCUCGCUCAGUUUGCACAGUUUGUGGAACAUGAUCUGAGCAAGACGGUCGCCCAAUCAAUGAACAAUGGAGCCUCGAUUGAGUGCUGCAACAGAGAUCAAAAUAAGCUUCUGCCUCGCCAUCACCAUCCGAUGUGUGCUCCAAUUCUGUCCAAGGGAAGAAACGAUUUUCACAACUGCCUCAACUAUGUUAGGAGCGCUCUUGCUAUUGGCGAGAAUUGCAACUUUGGAGCUGCAGAGCAGCUCAACCAAGCCACAGGCAUCUUGGAUCUGUCACAGCUAUAUGGAUUUACAGACAGUGUCGAGCGCAAAAUGCGUACUCUGAGGAACGGGGCGCUGAAAUCCAGCGGGAAUGGGAAGUUACUAUCUGUGACCUCAGGCGAUGAGGGGCACACCUUUUGCGCGUGGGGCAGCGGGGCAAAUGGAACCAACUGUUUUGUUGCCGGCGACUCACGUGUCAACAGCAAUCCCCUCUCGAUUCUGGUGUACACCAUCUUCAUGCGCAAUCAUAAUCGUAUUGCCGCCGAGCUCUUAGCACGCAACAAGGGCUGGAGUGAUGAGCAGCUGUUCCAGGCAGCCAAGGUUGUCAAUGUCGAUAUCUAUCGGCGACUGAUAAUGAAAGAGUGGCUGACGCAGGUGUUGGGUGAAGCCAGCGCCGCAAAUGUGCUUGCCGCAUCACCAGCAACUGAUGGCCAACAACUGCCUGAGGUGUCUAAUGAGUUCGGUGUGGCUGCCAUUCGAUUCUAUUUCUCCAUGCUGCCAAAUGUGCUGCACAAUCUAGCCCCCGAUAACGAAGUUGUUUCCCACACAGCGAGCAACAAUAUCCUACCACUAACUAAACUAUUUGAGCUGAAAAAUGAAAUAUACAAGCCCCGCCUACAGUACACGUCCAAAAAACUGAACGAGAUCUUGCAAAGUCUUCUGCAUGAACGCGCUAUGAAAAUGGAUUCCAGCUAUGUGGACGCACUGGUGUGGCAUGAACCGACGAAACCGGCGCAUGCCGAUGUCCUUGCAUUUGAUAUACAGCGAGGACGGGACCAUGGCCUACAGCCCUACUACAAAUACUUAGAAAUCUGUAAUAGAAACAAAAAGAUUACUAGUUGGAGUGAUUUCGAGGAUUUUAUACCAAAGGAACUCGUGGAUAAGCUGAAAACUAUUUACAACAGCUGGACACAUGUGGACCUUAUAGUUGGUGGAAUUUCAGAGCACACUUUUAACGGCACUGUCGGGCCCACAUUUAGCUGUAUAUUGGCUGAGCAAUUCUCAAAAAUUCAACAACGUCAUAAGCAGCAACAGUCCCCAGAACACACUGCUUUACUGGAGGCUUACAGCUCUGUGAACGGGACACAACUUUUGUGCUUGAACUCCAACUUGAUGGCAGUGCCCGAGAAUAUAUUCCGAUUGCAAUCCGACAGCAAUCGCCUGGUCAAUUGUAACGAUGUGGAAUAAUUCAGCAAGGCCAGACUGAAGUAGUGGAACAAUAUAAAAGUCAACUUACAUCGAGACGAAUUUAAAUGAUCUUACUAAAAACACAACUACUCAAGCACCUUUGGAACUCCAGUUGAAUAUUCAUUUUUGUUGAACAAUAAAAAGCCGUAUCUUUUGUUUAUAGUGCUUAA